UGUACAAACUCGCUCGUCUAAUAAAACACCAAAAUCCUUUCCUUUGCACCACCACCACCUCAACCAACACCAGCCAGCCUGCAGUUAGCUCCGCAAUACUAGAAAACCUGAUAAACUUUUAACUGCUGCUCCAACGCAAUCCGUUAUGUGGUGGAGUGGAGUCGUGUUAAUUCACGUUAAUGUGAAACCCCAUUAAAAUUUCGUAAAACUCACAAUUCAAUUAGCAGUGGUGGCUGCACAGAGAAAUUAAGUUUCACCAGCGCGGACCUAUUAAACAAAUGGAACCAAAAAGUUUCACGGGAUAAAUUUGAUACACAUAUUGACGAAAUUUUUAAGAAAGAAAGCUGGAAGAAAAUUACGCAAAUUAAAUAAAUUGUUCCAAGCGAGUGAGAAACAUUUAAAUAAGUACUCAAUGUAUUUCAAGAGUUUUCAGUUUUAGCAAAAUUCUCACAAAGAUUAGAGUCGAAUUAUUUCGCUAUUUCGCAUCUACUUGAUUUUUGCUAGUGCUUAACUCAGCCUUAAUUGAAUUACGUGGUACGUCCGAACUCAGAGUUCGCACGGCAUACUUACGACGACAUUGCUGACCUCAAUUGGAUAUUAAUUUCGCAUUAUUGAUUCAUUGAUUGAUUGAUGAAAACCAAGAAAUAUUAGGGAGACGGAGAUUAUACAAGUGCUAUUAUUAUAGCUGACCAUUUGUGAUUUAGCGACUUUCUUUCUCAGGUUGUGCAACCAGCUAUGACGAACGAGCCUUAGUUUACACUAAAUUACAUCGUCGCACCAACCUACGUCUUCUUAAUUUUAAUCCAUUUCUUUGUUCUUCUCAUCUUUCGACUGACGAGGCGACGAUACAGGCAGACUUUGUGAGAAUAUUGCUCAAUUUGACAUUAAAUAGUCCGAGUUUUGUACAAAAAGGAGAAAGAUUUGGAUUUAAAUUAGAUAAAUAAUAACAAAAACAACGAAAACACACCCUUGAUCUCUCCGGUAACAAAGAACUGAAUGCACCUGAUGAUAUUUGUACGAGAUUACGAUUAGGAAAACUACUACACGAUAAUAAGGUUGUACGAGAAGGACGCUGACACAAAUAGGCUGACGAUGGCGAAGCUAGAGACGGAGGUGCUGCUAAAAAAGGGAAAGAGGGGGGCAGCGGCGUAUAUCCAGGCCGAGUGUGCCAGACCCGUGAGGCCCGAGAAUCUCAAUGCUCUCUUGGACACCUUGUUGGACCCUCUCAAGUCCAUUGAUGACUGGGAAACUAUCGACUGGUGUCGCUGGCUAAUGGCUGGUGGCUGCACGCCCGAUGAAUUUGCUUCGACAGUUCGGCGAUAUGACAAUGCAACUACCUGCGGAUUGGUUUGGACAGCUAAUUUUGUGGCUUAUCGUUGCCGAACGUGUGGAAUUUCUCCAUGCAUGUCGCUCUGUGCAGAGUGCUUUCAACGAGGAAACCACAAAGGUCACGACUUCAACAUGUUCAGAUCCCAGGCUGGAGGUGCAUGUGAUUGUGGAGACACAAAUGUGAUGAAAGAAUCUGGCUUUUGUUAUUUACAUGGGCCCCAUGCCUCGGGAAGUCAUGAGAGUUGUCCAGAUAGUGCUGCUGCACCACCUGACCUUCUUUGCGUCGCUAAUGCCAUGAUGCCUCAACUCAUUCUUAGACUGAUUCAACAUAUGAGACAAAACUCUAUAUCUCUGGAUGGAUUUCUGGGUGCCGUGAAUGCAGCGGAUAAGUUUAUCACAAUGUUGCAUGAUCUUAGUUCUAUGGGUGCUGCGAUGAGAGCUGUAAUGACACAUGCUCUCACGAAUCCACAAGUGUACAAAAGUUUGAUGGAGUAUAACAAUGAUGACGUUAGUGAUGAAUAUGAAGAUUUUAUGAAAACAACUCAACGCUGUUACGACGAUGCGCUUGGAACGUUGAGGAACCCAUUGCCUCCCACUGAGUUUGAAGAGAUACCAUCCUUGCAGAAAUCUUUAGUUCAUAGAACGUUUCUUCAAGAAUUGGUAUUUUGGACAGCAAAGUUUGAGUUUCCCCAAAAAAUUGUUUGUCUUUUGUUAAAUUUACUUCCUGAUCCAGAGUAUAAGGAAGCAUUUACUCGAGCUUUUGUUCUACAUUAUAGUCGAAUUUCGCAGCUCCUAGUACGCUCCCCUGACCCUGACAUGCUCUCUAACAGAGUUGUUCACGUCAGUGUUCAGUUGUUCUCCAACGAAAAACUAGCUCUCCGGAUGACGGAGCAAAUGAAUCUACUUCACGUCAUGGUCAUUAGUUUGCACUACAUGAUGCAUGAUAUUAGCUUUUACAGUCCAAUCUAUCAGAAGAUUGGGUUACCAAUUCGCGUUGUCGAUUGUGGGAAUUCGGUGAUGAAGGACCAUUGUUAUUGGCCUUUGGUAUCCGAUCUCAACAAUAUUCUAAGUCAUCGCCCUGUCGCGUUAAAGUUCCUCCAAGAUGAUGGGCUUCUCAACAUGUGGUUCAAUUUCCUCUCCAUGUUCCAAGGAAUGAAUGUGAACCAGAGGGAAAUGAAUCAGCACAUCGAAUUCGAACCCACAACUUACUAUGCAGCAUUUUCAGCAGAAUUAGAAGCGAGUGCUUCCCCAAUGUGGGCUCUGGUGGGUCAUUUAAAGGACUCUUGCACGGCUCAUCUUACAAAAAAUUUGUUGUGGCACUGCAAGCGUCAACUUCGCCGUUGGUUAGAAAAUGUAAAAUUCGGCCAACAUAUGAAUGAGGAUAUUCAAGUGUCCUUUCAUCUUCCUUUGCAUCGAUACUUCGCAGUCUUCCUUUACCAAGCUGUUCGGAAUCAAGGGUUAUCAAUAUCUGAACUCUUACCUCCUCCACAUGAGUUAAAGCAGAUUAUAUUUCAUCCCCUGCGUGUACAAGUUGCCUUCUAUGAAAUUAUAUCGGGAUUAUGGGUGCGAAAUGGACUUCAAAUCAAGGGUCAAGCUAUGACGUACAUUCAGUGCCACUUUUGCAAUUCUAUGGUAGAUGCAGACCUGUACCUGUUGCAAGUUGGUCUAAUGAAUAUUCCUCGUGAAGAAUUUGUUUCCUCUAUAUUUGAAAAAUUUAAUAUCGUCGAGUCAUUGAGUAUAUCCAGCGAUGUUACAAACACAUAUUUGGAAGUUGACCAGGAAAUGCUCAUGAUGGAGAAUUGUCUUAUAUUUCUGGCCACGUUAAGUUCCGUAAGGACAGCGAUUGGAAUGUCGGACGCGGAUUUGAUUACGUUGGAAAUGGUGACUCUUCUCUGCAUGUCCGACAAAACACAUAGCCAGCUAAUGGAGCUCAUGCCGGAGAGGUGUGGCAACAGCUCCCAGUCUAAAGACUUUGAAUCGGUUCUCAAUUUGGUGGCAGAAUAUCGGGCCCCUAAUUUUGAGUCGAGUGGAAACAUGCUACAAGGGAUGUACGUCCCAAAAUCCUUCGUUUGGGAAACCGAAUAUGAUCCAAUUUACAUCUUACUUAGGGCAGUUCAUCGUCGUGAAUUUCAAACAAGUAUGGAUAGAUUUACGGAAUUUGCAAAGCACACUGGCAAAUUUAAGGGCUCUGGAGCUCCGUGGCCCCCAUUUAGAAUUCCGUCCGCCGUUUCACACCCAUACUCGGACCCUCGGCUGGUGCUCCUAAGUCGUGUGGUUCAGGGCGUGUUAUUUGUGAUAUUUUACAAGGCAGUGCAUACGUCUCAAUUAUCGGACCAAAUGGUGGCCUUGGCUGUUUACCUGCUCGAAAUGGCUCUGAGUGUUUGCGAGUCUGGAGGAUCGUCUGCAAUAAGUCGACAUGAGGAGUCGUAUGGUCGAUUUGACAUGAAUUUUGGAAGUUACUACUCUACGGAUGACUUACUCUCCAAUCUCAGAACGGAAAUUGACUCAAUAAUAGUUAAACCUGCAAAUUUCAAGGACGAAUCAUCAGAUGCUAUUGAAAUCAGCGUUGACGAGAUGGAAGUCGACGGUUAUGAGGGGGAACCAGAUGUGUUGGACCUUUAUGACUCUAAUUAUGGCUCAAUGACAGCAUUCAACUCCAACGAUUAUCACAUGGAAGAUUCCAAUCCUGCUGCUCCUUCUGGAACGCUGGCGUUGAUGCCACCCACAGGCUUUGCAGAUGCCAUGGUGCCAAUGACAGUUACCGACCCUUCGUCCAACGCUGCCAUUACGUCGACGACAACGGCGCGGAUAGACGAUGCUAUGCACAAUAGAGUUCUUCAAGUCGUUCUUGCCUCCAAUAAGACUGUUGCCAAUGUUCCCAAAAAGGAUAUGAUGGAGAGAAAUUCGUCUAUGGGGAGUCAACCACCGCCUACAGAAGUGAUGGUCAAUGAAAGCAUCCUUACCCUCCUUUUAAAACUGCAUGCCAAGUUGUCUGCUUCGCCUGACAGUUAUGUUCCCUUCUGGGAAUCUAUCGCUGGUCAGAAGCUCAUUUCGGAUGCAAUAGCAGGAAUUUCAAACGGACUGCAAAUUCAACAAUUCGUUGGAGAAAAUGAGUCAAAAUCCCCUAGAUUCAGUCAUGCCCAACUGUACGAAUUGUUAAAUCCUGUCGAGUCAAGAAUAGGAGACGGCCAGUUUUUCCUUGCCAAAAUUUUGGAUAAAAUCUGUGCGAAGGAUGAUGCGUGUCGAGAAACUGUAAUUCGUUUGAGGGAGAAAAUUUGGCCAAAAACCGCUGAGGAUGAAGAAGCAGUCAGGCUUCGUGAAGAGCAGGAAAAGGAGGAAAGACGGAGAAAGGCUAAAGAGAGACAGACAAAGUUGAUGGCAGAAUUUGCGAGAAAACAGAAACAGUUUAUGGAGAAAGCCAUGACGGAGGAAGAAUUUUUGGACGAAAUGGGAGACAGCUCUUCCGAUGGCUUUGGUGGUCCAUCAAAGGACGAUCUAUCGGAAUCCAUUAAACCGCUAGAGUACGACUGUGUCAUUUGUAAUCAAACUAGUGCAUCCACCAGCGACAAUCCAAUAGGACUUGUCAUACUUCUUCAGCCAUCUUCAAUUUUGGGACGCAGAACUGAAGUUGGAGAGAAGAGUCCCACGCUGCCAACGAACGAGGAUGAAAAUUGGAAUUUGGAAAAAACGAGGGAGACGAUGGCUUCGUUCCACAGAGGAAGAUUGGAAGAAUACAAACUGCAUUUUGAGGAGUCCAGUUGGUUGCAGUCCGUUUCUGCUGGAUGGGAAGGAGGCGUUCAUGUUUCCAGUUGUGGACACCAUAUUCACAUGCUGUGCCUCAAAGGAUACAUUUCGGCUCUAAAGUCGCAACAAAGGCAGCACAGCAUAUCCGUGGACCGGGGAGAAUAUUUUUGCCCGCUAUGUAGACAGCUAGCUAAUUCUUUCCUCCCCUUGUCUCCCGAGUUUGGGAUCCGACAGUCAGCCUUAGUUAAAGACAGAAAAAAUGCUCAAACCCCGCUAACGCCCGAAACAACCGUUCCUGAGAUAUUGCCUUCUCCAGAAUCCAACGUCGCUUUAGAAAUAGUUAAGCUCCUUCGAGAAUACAUCUUUCCCACUACAGCUGGAAAGAUGAUGGAUGCGAUGACAAAGACGAUGGAAGAGAUGACCAAUAUUACCCAAUUACGAUACCGUCAAGUUGGCAGCUCAAAAAAUACGAAAAGUAUUUUAUUAUUUGUGACUUCCAUUGCUAGGACGAACCUUGAGCUUGAAGUAGUAUUUCGUGGAGGCAGUUUGGUGGCUGCCGAGCCACAGCCUUCUACGUCAUCUUCGUCAGGGUCGUCGUCAACUGCUGUGUCUAAACGGUCGUGUCUUGUUCCGCUGCUACACGUUUUGGGUGUUCACUACAAGAUACUGUCAGCGGACCCAUGUGCUCCCAAGAUGUGGGAGAGAAUUUUAGGAAUAAGAUUCUUUCCGGACUCAUCCCUGAUGCCAAUGGAUCGAGAGGUUCCAAUGCUACUGCGAGAUCCUACCACGAUGCUCCUACAUUUACUGAUGCAGCUCCCUAUGCACGUUGACUUGGCAUACUUUACGUCCAUGGUGCAAGGAAUCUACAAUUUGGUUUAUGUUCAGAUCUUGUCCGGUCUUAGUUGUGGAUUUUUGGAGAUUGAACGAGAAUGUUGGAAACACAAAAUGGCAAACUAUUCGUCAAUUGAAAAUCCUAAUCUCAUUUUCUUCCUUCUUGGAACUGUUAUUCGCUAUUUGGAAAAGUUCCCAUUCUACUGGUUAGAAAAGAGCGGAGCUGCGGCAGCCGCAGCUAUGGACCAGGACGAUUUUACGAGGCCUCAAAAUUAUGCUAGUGACGACAGAGAGCAAGAGUUGGAGCUAAAAGUGCAAUCACUUCUUUUACCGUAUCUCCGAAUUGCGACACUUUUGAGACAUCAAAUAUACGAACAAGAGUUACCGCUGAUAAGGUCAUCCGAUUGUGAAUUUAGAUUGUUAGCCCAGUUCUUGGGCCUUGGUGUAAGCAAUGGCGGUGGUAGUGGAGGGGUUAGUAGUAUGGACGACUCUGAAAGUUAUGGGAGUGCAGUGUUUGGUGGACCGAGUGCUGAAUCGUCACCCCAUAGCAAUAGUAGUAACAGCAACAACAACCAUAAAAAUGCAUUGGCAGCACAUAGUUUCCUCAGCUGGAUAUCGCCAACCCCUUUGACGACCAUAUGGACGUGGUGCGAGGAUAUGGGCAACUUUAUCGGGAGAGCACGUGUGGCCUCAAUGUCUUUACUUCAAAGUCAUCACAAACUUUGGAGUCAACCUAGAUUGAUGAAACUUCCUCACGCCUAUGACAUUGUGUUUCAAUACUACCACAGGAAACAAUGUCCAAACUGUAACUCAGUGCCCAAGGACCCGAGCAUUUGUUUGGUAUGCGGAACAAUGGUCUGUAUGAGAGACUCUUGCUGCAAACCGGCGAAUGGGUCAUGUGAAGCAAUUGAUCACUCCAUCACGUGUGGAGCUGGUACAGUCAUCUACCUCUCUGUCAACUCCUCCACCAUCGUCGUCGUUCGAGGGCGACGGGCAUGUUUAUGGGGAAGCGUCUACUUGGACUCGUUCGGCGAAGAAGACCGCGAGCUGAAGCGAGGAAAACCGUUGUUUCUAAGCAAAGAAAGAUACGCUUUACUUCAACAACAAUGGCUAACUCAUCGGUUCGACCACACCACUCGUAAGUGGGUGUGGCACAGAGACAAUCUCUAAUUCAAUUUGGAUUUCUUAAGUUUGAUAAUAAUAAUAUUUGCAAAAGACAAGUCUCCUUCUUUGUAUAUUACACCAAAGACUAAUAUUUUGUCCUGAUCAUGUCCAUAUACAUACUUAUUAAUAAUAAUUAUUAUUAUUAUGCACAAGCAACAAAACAAAGUAUCAUGAGAGAGGAAGAGAAAAAUAGCAAUACGUCAGGUAACCAUCAUCAUGUAUACUCGGUUGUAACUCGAAGAAAAAGUCAUAAACUAAUUUAAAACUCGUAUUUAGUUGAAUAGUUAUAUAAAUAUCGCCUACAUCUCUCCGCAAUAAUAAUACCUAAUACGUAAUAUUUACGCAGCGCAUAUUAUAUACAAAUGUUUAAUAGUCAGUCAUUCGCCAAUACGUUAUUAUUGGUGACGUUUGAUUUCCCAAGUUUAAUUUCCUCGCCUUGUUUUUGUUAAUCCCAUGUUCGAAUAAAAAAAUAAGAACAUAA